AUGGCAGACCUCACUGUCCUCGUCUCAUCGCGCGCCAUACUCACCCUCCCCGACGACUCACUACUUCUCACACCAGCCACGAUCGCCAUCUCGCCGUCCACGGGCAAGAUCCUCAGCACAGCACCCUCCAUUCUACCGUCAUCGUCGUUCCCGGCUGGGACAACGUACAUUGACCACUCGCCCAAAAUCCUCCUGCCUGGUAUCGUCGAUGCGCACGUCCACCUGAAUGAGCCUGGGCGGACAGAAUGGGAGGGCUUCUGGACAGGCACAAGGGCAGCCGCCAGUGGCGGCGUGACCACCGUUGUCGACAUGCCCCUCAACGCCAUCCCGCCCACCACCACCGUCGCCAACUUUCGCGAGAAGCUCAAGGCCAGCGAGGGCCAGUGCUGGGUCGACGUCGGCUUCUACGGCGGUGUCAUCCCCGGCAACGCCCAGGAUCUCGUGCCCCUGGUCGAGGCUGGCGUGCGUGGCUUCAAGGGGUUCCUGAUCGAGUCUGGUGUCGACGAGUUCCCCGCCGUGUCGUCCAAGGACAUUGCGCUCGCCAUGGAUACCCUCAGCGGGGAGAAGACGACGCUCAUGUUCCACGCCGAGAUGAUCCCUCCGAUUGCCGACUCGGUCGGUGACGACGUCCAGGUGUCCGAGGCGCCCCUUGCGCCCAAGGGCGAUCUCAACGCAUAUCAUACAUUCCUCCAGUCACGGCCCCCCAUGUUCGAGGUUUGCGCCGUGGAAGAGAUCCUGUCGCUCGCGCCCAGAGCACCUGACCUGCAGCUGCACAUUGUGCAUCUGUCCGCGACGCAGUGCAUUCCCAUCCUCCGCGCGGCGCGACAGGCGGGGAUCAAGGUCACGGCGGAAACGUGCUUCCACUACCUCGGUCUCACGGCGGAGGAGAUUGAACAGGGCGACACGCGGCACAAGUGCUGCCCGCCUAUCCGCGAGGAGUCGAACAGGAAUGGGCUGUGGGAGGAGAUGAUGGCCGAGAAUAGCUGCAUCCGGACCGUGGUGUCGGAUCACAGUCCCUGCACACCCGAGCUGAAGCUUCUCCCGGGGCAUCUCGACAGGCCCAGCAUGCUACACUCCGACUCUGGCGUCGACGUCACGCUGCCAGAGGGCGGGGACGAUGAAGCUGAUGCAGAGGUGCCCGUCGAGAAGGCGGCCCGGGGCGACUUCUUUGCCGCAUGGGGUGGCAUCUCAAGCGUCGGUCUGGGUCUGCCCAUUCUGCACACCAAGUCGCAGCAGCGUCUGAAGAGGGGUCUCGCCGCGCCCAGCAUCGUCGACAUGGUCCGUCUCUGCAGUCAGGCGACCGCCGCGCAGGUCGGUCUGUCGCAUCGCAAGGGCGGGUUGCGCGAAGGCAUGGAUGCGGAUAUCUGCGUCUUUAACGAGAGCGAGGCGUGGGUGUUUGAGAAGGGCGAGAUGCGUUGGAAGAACAAGUGCUCGCCAUGGGAGGGCCACGAGUUCCUGGGCCGCGUGCGGGAGACGUGGGUGCGCGGGCAGAAGGUGUUUGCGAUGGGGAGGCCUGAGAUGGGCUUUGGGUCGAGUCGACCGGUCGGGGAAAGUAUCACAGAGAGGAGAGUGCGUUGA